UUCCUCAUAUAGUUCCACGAACAGAUUCCCAAAAUGGCAGGCCAAACCUGAUUGGAGACCUCACUACUUCCUUGUACAAGUUUACAGGUGACAUUCGCUCAGGAGUGCAUAUUGCUAACCGAUCGCUUUCAAGACAGUCACCAAAAUGGCCGAUGCUAUAGCAGCACGAGUUCAGCGCCAAUUUGGCCUCGACGAGGAUGGAAAGAUUUACGGAGUGGAGAGGCACACAGCUGUGGCGCGAGACCCUCAGGGUAAUACUGUAGGCCUCGUGAGACACAUUGGACUCACACAGGACGACGAGGGCAACAUACACAGAGCUCAAGUCACAUGUGUCGUCGCGUUACCCGGACAACAGACGGUACGCCAGCAGCCAGCCCUGCCCACGACAGCCCGACCCCCGCCAACUAUAUCUACUCCUGCAGGGGACAAUGUGGCCGUUCCAGACCAUGACAGAUGCUCCUUAAGUAGUAUCAUCUUCUUUAUCGGCUGUAUAUUACUCACUGCCAUCCCCUUCUCGAUGAUGAUUGUAGGGGCCAUGCACAUCGACACCUGUCCUGGUGACACCAAACUGGGGGCCUACUUGGUCGUACAGGGGCUUGUCUCAAUGAGCAUCCCCAUCGCAGUUGCCAUCUGGAUUUGCUGUCACUGUGUUGAAGGACCGACCAUGCUGAAGCUCAUUGCCCCCGUCGGCGUAUUUAUCCUCAUAUGGGUUAUUGUCGGCUUGGUGUGGGUGAUUCAGGCCGAAUGCACGGACAGCACAGUGUACCGCCUUGUCUGGGGCUAUCUCGUCCCUGUGUGGCUGAUUGUCUUUGUGGGCGUGGUGAUUGGAUGCUGUAAGGUGAUUUGCUGCAGUGAUUGAGUGAGAUAGAGGCAUGAAAGUAAAACCACAAAUAUUCACGGAAUGAAAUUAUUAUAGAGAACCAGUCCUCGACUCCCUUUGGAGUGUACGUUCUCAAUAUCAACCUGUAUAAUAACUCAGACACACAGCCAUCCUUCUGGCUGUGUUGUUUAUUGAAUAUAACAUGUUAUUGACACUAAACUAGUGGAACCGUUCUGAAGAUCCUGCGGCAAUAUUAUUGGCAUUAUCGAAUGGUUCUUAAGCCUUAAUCAACCCGAUCCACGGGACACCGUCCAGACAACACAGGACAUUGUUACGAUUUUGAUCCGAUACAGCAGAAUCUGUCACGACAUAGUCACGAUUGUAAUCCGACAAGACAAGAUCGGCUGAGAUUCCCGAAUGUUACGGGACGCACCAUACUGUCGGGAAUGCUUGGCCGACCUCUCUGGGCCUUUUCCGAUCCGUAGAACUCUCUUACGAACGUAUACGACUGCGUUCAGAAAAUGAUAGGACAUUCCAGAUAAUUGAGGAUAGUAAUCCGACUUUUUCACUUUUCGUGUCGUACAACGUCUACAACGGCAGCCAUAAUCGGCACUGUGUGAACGCAGCCUUAUUGCCAAACAAAAAGUACCAUCUUUUGACGUCUUUUGGUAUGACGCAGCCAGAUGAUCGAAUCAGCGACCUACCGCUCUCUGGUUUGAAAGCGCUUAGUAAGCUUUAUUUAAUAUCAUUAUAUGGAGCACAUAUUACAAUAUUACACAUAACUUGUAAUGUGCGUGUCUGCGACAUGCCUGUUCGUACAUAUUAAUACCUCCCAAUUAAUAAUCAUUAUACAGACACAUCUCUACUUCAAAGAUAAAACCAAAAUCACUCAUGCCUCUACCCCAAGGAAUUAAUAUGACUCGUUCGAAUAUGCAUAGGGUGACCGGAGAUCACAUUCGUUGUAGCUGUAAGUUUGAUUGACGACCUUUCAGAGUCCAUGGUGCUGUAGCCAUAUACUACUACAUCAUCGAUGGACAUUCUGUCACGAACUCUCACCAAUCAUUUCCUUGAUUUACUAUAUUUCUCAAAAUUCAACUACAGUAAACUACGGUUAUAACGAACACGCUCAUAACGGACUGACGGAUAUAACGAACUUACUUUUUUGGUCCCGACUAUUUGCUGUAGUUAUGCUGUAUAUAUACUUAUAACGAACUCCGGUUAUAACGAACUAAAAUUAGUAGUCCCCUUGAGUUCGUAUAACCGUACUUUACUGUACAUUCAAAUUACAAAAAAACUCAGGUGAAGUGCUGGUGUACAGGCAAUUCAUACAGAACGAUUUAUUCAAAAAUAAUCUCAUUUAAAUUGAAUCUGACGGAAAUGUGUGAAUACUAAUUCUUUCAAAUAUUAAACUUUCUUGAUAACACAAAGAUACUUCAACAUAUACACAAUUAUGCUAGAUUGUAUUGUGAACAUCAAUGUCCAUCUAUAAGAAAUAAUUAGUUAUUUAGUGGUACAUUCACUCCAAGACACACAUCACCUGUGUAAGUUUCGAUUGAUACUAUGACUUUUGAUAUUAGCAUAUCUGUGUAUAUUUGUAUAGUUAGGUACAAGGAAUGUUAUGACUAGUUCAGUGACAGUACGCUAUGUAUUAUUACUAUUACUAUUAUUGUAUAUGAUUACCAUAAUCCAAUCAAACAGAAAAUAUCGCCGCUUAUUUCCGCUGAAUAGAGCACUUCCAUAAAAACAAUUAAAAGAGUUUUCCUAAAAACAACACGCUGUUUAUUUGUGUAUUCCGUUGACUGGCAUUAAGGAAGUUCAAAGGCAAUAAAAUAAUUGAACCAAUAA